UUCACUUUCUUCUCCAAUGGAUCCCCUCUCAGCCCUCCGCGAUUUCACAAUCCGUAACGAGCUCGACAAAAUCAUUCGAAUCGGCGACGACUUCCGAUUCGGAAACGAUUACGCGUUUCCAUGCACUACCGCCACCGCUUAUCGCUCUAAACAGGGUAAUCUCUACACCAUUGAAACCCUAGUACAUUUCAUCAAAAACCAUCACCUCAAACAUGGAGACUAUUUCCAGAACACCCGCGCUGAAAAGAUCGCCGCCGUUACCUUACCCGAUCGAAAACCCUUGCUUGAUUACCUCCAAGGCCGCGUCUCCUCCGUCGACGCCAUUGAAUUCGUCGCCCCACAAAAUCAGAAAUUUUCCGCCGCCGCCGUUGUCCUUGGAGAAGAGUAUCGACCGGAAGAUCCGGGUAUGAUGCAGAUUGCUCCGACUGAGAAUGAUUUCGACAUCAAUGAGGAAGCUGGAAUCGGGGUUCCAGAUAAUUUCAUCGCCAUGAUUCGGUCUAUUGAGCGGCCGUUGAGGGAUAGGGAAGCGAUAUUAGAGAGUAAGAAUAGGGAUUUCUACAGUGUGGUGAAGAGAGAAGAUGAGCGGAUGAGAAUGGAAGCGCAGCAGAGGAAGGAUGGGCUGGUUGCUAAGAACAGGUUAAUGAGUGGAGGAGAUGAAAGAGGGUUUGGGAAUGAAAUUGGAUAUGAUUCUGGUUCUAAAGCUAAUAAGAUGCAUCAUUUGAAAGGAAGUAAAGUUGGAGGAGGUGUUCCGAUUAUCCUUGUUCCAAGUGCUUUUACUACUUUGAUUACAAUGUAUAAUGUGAAGGAGUUCUUAGAAGAUGGUGUGUUCAUACCAACUGAUGUGAAGGCUAAGCAGAUGAAUGGGCCGAAGCCUGAUUGUGUAACGGUUCAGAGAAAGCUCGGUAAGGAUAGGGUUGUUAUGGCGUAUGAGGUUCGAGAUAAGCCUUCAGCAUUGAAAGCAGAGGACUGGGAUCGUGUAGUGUCUGUUUUUGUGUUGGGGAAGGAAUGGCAGUUCAAGGAUUGGCCUUUUAAGGAUCAUGUCGAAAUCUUCAACAAAAUUCUUGGAUUCUAUAUGCGAUUUGAGGACGAUAGCGUGGAAUCUGCAAAGACAGCCAAACAAUGGAAUGUGAAGAUUAUAUCGAUUAGCAAGAACAAGAGACAUCAGGAUAGAGCUGCUGCACUGGAAGUGUGGGAUAGAUUAGAAGAAUUUAUGCGAGCACGAUAACUUAUCCUUCAUUUAUUAGGGUUUACAUGAAUGAAUCAUUGUUAGGUGUUUUAAUCACAAGUUUUGUUUCAUCCCAAAUGCAAAUUGAUUUGGGAAGAUAUUUGAACCCCAAAUGUUUGUUUGUGUAUUAAUACUAUUGAUAAUGAGGUUUUACUAUU